AUGCUGCUCCGGUCAAUUCGCACCGUCGAGCAGAAUCUCCGAAGACUCUCCGCUUCUUCGUUUUCUGCAUAUCUCACGUCACCUUCCUCCGUACGCAGAGUAUCAGCGACGGAGAGUGCUUUCUCUUCUCCUAUUUCUCGAUUCUGUUACUCCGUUUGCGUCUUUCCACGAAAUGAGAAUCGAUACACGACGACAUCAUUGCCGGUUUCUUCACGGUGGAUUAGCAUCAGAAACAUGUCUCGGCGGAGGAAGGUCGGAAAACGAUUGCCGGCGGCGGACGCGGCGUAUUCUUCUGCCGUAGAUUUGGCGCUCGACUCGGUGGUGAAGAUCUUCACCGUUUCCACGAGUCCUAGUUACUUUCUUCCUUGGCAAAAUAAGUCCCAACGAGAAUCCAUGGGCUCUGGAUUCGUGAUAUCGGGAAGGAGGAUUAUAACGAACGCGCACGUGGUGGCUGAUUACUCCUUUGUGCUUGUUAGGAAGCAUGGAUCGCCAAUAAAGUACAGAGCAAAAGUUCAAGCGGUUGGCCAUGAGUGUGAUUUGGCCAUCUUGGAGAUCGAUAGUGAAGUGUUUUGGGAAGGAAUGAAUCCGUUGGAGCUAGGAGAUAUACCGCUUCUACAGGGAGAAGUGUUCGUAGUUGGCUAUCCUCAAGGUGGUGACAACAUCUCUGUUACAAAAGGUGUUGUUUCUCGAGUUGAACUCACACAGUAUGUUCACGGCGCCACCCAGCUGAUGGCUAUACAAAUAGAUGCAGCUAUUAACCCUGGAAAUAGCGGUGGCCCAGCAAUCAUGGGAAACAAAGUAGCUGGUGUAGCGUUUCAAAACCUUUCAGGUUCUGAGAACAUAGGCUAUAUAAUUCCAACACCAGUAAUCAAACAUUUCAUAACUGGUGUUGAAGAAUGGAGUAAAUACGUUGGUUUCUGCUCAUUGGGUGUAUCAUGUCAGUCUAUGGAGAAUGUUCAAAUCCGUAAUACUUUUCAGAUGAGUUCUGAAAUGACAGGGGUUCUUGUAAGCAAACUAAACCCUCUAUCGGAUGCUCAUAGAAUUUUAAAGAAGGAUGAUGUAAUUCUCGCAUUUGAUGGUGCUCCUAUAGCAAAUGAAGGAACGGUUCAUUUUAGGAAAAAGGAGCGGAUAAAUUUUGAUCAUUUGGUUUCUAUGAAGAAACCAGAUGAGACAGCCUUGGUUAAAGUCUUGAGGGAAGGAAAAGAACAUGAGUUCCGCAUCACUUUAAAACCUCUGCAACCGCUGGUUCCAGUGCAUCAAUUCGACCAGCUUCCAAGUUAUUACAUAUUUGCGGGUUUUGUAUUCGUACGUCUCACUCAGCCAUACCUUCAUGAAUAUGGAGAAGAUUGGUAUAACAUUUCUCCCCGUAGAUUAUGCGAGCGUGCGUUAAGAGAUUUACCCAAAAAACCCGGUCAAGAACUUGUCAUUAUCUCUCAGGUGUUAAUGGAUGAUAUCAACACAGGAUACGAGCGCCUUGCAGAGUUGCAAGUGGAGAAAGUGAAUGGAGUGGAAGUGGAUAAUCUGAGACAUUUAUGUCAGCUUAUAGAGAACUGCAACACCGAGAAUCUGAGAAUAGACUUAGACGAAGGGAGAGUACUCGCCUUGCACUACCACUCCGCAAGAGUUGCCACUUCUUUGAUUUUGAAACGGCACAGAAUAGCAUCUGCGAUGUCCAGCGAUUUGCUGAUGGAACAAAAUCCAGUGACCGAGUUGGCUUCUUGUUCCACUGCGGUUUGAGGCAACGCCGAAGCAUAUCGCAUGUUGUACACUUGAAAUUAAUUCAUAUUAGCAAAAACCACAUUGUUGUUUGUUCGUAAACAUUUGGGAUUUGAUUAGCGGCUUUUCACGAGCCUGAGGUUUGGAGGCGAAAAAGGAAGUUUUAAGUUAGGCAUAUAUUUUUUCGUAGGCAUAUAUUUUUUCGUAGUUUCUG